AUUUUAAGGCUCCGGGAAACGAAUAGGGCGGAUCUGCGAGGCGACCAUGAUCUGCCCGACACAUACCAAUCGCCGACUGAUCAUACAGGACCGGACAUCCGGACUACAUUUCUUGAUCGACACGGGAGCGGACAUCAGUGUCAUACCCCCUUCUCAAAGCCAGCAUGCCCUCAAACAGAGCUCACUACGACUGACUGCAGCUAAUGGUACGUGUAUUUCCACUUUUGGACAACGCUCCUUAACUCUGAACCUUGGUUUACGUCGCUCUUUCACAUGGGUAUUCAUCGUAGCGGAUGUCAAACAGCCCUUACUUGGUGCCGAUUUUUUGACCCAUUUUAGAUUGUUAGUCGAUCUUAACAAUCGUUGUCUCCGAGAUUUGACAACCAGAUUACCUGUUACUGGUC